AUGAGAGUUCUCCCAGCUACUCUGCUGGUGGGAGCUGCUGCGGCAGCUGCUCCCCCAGUGCAGCAGGUUAUGGGUGUCGGUCGGGAGCAGAUGGAGUCUCUGGCCCAACAGGGCUCCGAUGUCUUCUCCAAGGCCGGCCAGCUCGUUGAAGAGCAACUCAAGACCCUGUCUGGAGAGGCUAAGCAGCUCUGGGACGAGAUGUCCAACUACUUCCCCAACACCGAGACUGCUCCCAUGCUCUCGCUGCCCAAGAAGCACACCCGCCGCCCCAACUCCCACUGGGACCAUGUCGUCAGUGGUGCCGAUGUCCAGAGCCUCUGGGUUGAUGGUGCCAGUGGCAAAGAGCGUGAGAUUGAGGGCAAGCUGGAGGCCUACGACCUCCGUGUGAAGAAGGUGGACCCCAGCUCUCUUGGCGUCGAUCCCAAGGUGAAGCAGUACAGUGGUUACCUUGACGACAACGAAAACGACAAGCACCUGUUUUACUGGUUCUUCGAGUCCCGUAACGACCCCGAGAAUGACCCUGUCGUUCUCUGGCUGAACGGUGGCCCGGGCUGCUCUUCAUUGACCGGUCUGUUCAUGGAACUUGGCCCUAGCUCUGUUAACGAGAAGCUUGAGCUGAAGUACAACGACUUUUCCUGGAACAAGAAUGCUUCCGUUAUCUUCUUGGACCAGCCAGUCAACGUUGGCUACUCUAACAGUGACUCCGCUGUCACUGACACCGUGGCUGCUGGCAAGGACAUCUACGCUCUGUUAUCUCUGUUCUUCAAGCAGUUCCCUCAGUAUGCCAAGCAGGAUUUCCACAUCGCUGGCGAGUCUUACGCCGGUCACUACAUCCCUGUUUUCGCUUCUGAGAUUCUUUCUCACAAGAAGCGAAACAUCAAUCUCAAGUCUGUUCUUAUUGGAAAUGGUCUGACCGACGGUCUCACUCAGUACGAGUACUACCGCCCUAUGGCUUGCGGUGACGGUGGCUACCCUGCCGUCCUCGACGAGAGCACUUGCCAGUCUAUGGACAAUGCUCUGCCUCGCUGCCAGUCCCUGAUCGAGUCCUGCUACAGCAGUGAGAGUGCCUGGGUCUGUGUUCCCGCCUCAAUUUACUGUAACAACGCCAUCCUUGGCCCUUACCAGCAGACCGGCCAGAACGUCUACGAUGUCCGUAGCAAGUGCGAGGACCCUUCCAAUCUGUGCUACAAGGGUAUGGGCUACAUCACCAAGUACCUCAGCCAGCAGCACGUUCGUGACGCUUUGGGUGCCGAGGUUGACGAUUACGAGAGCUGCAACAUGGACAUCAACCGUAACUUCCUCUUCCACGGUGACUGGAUGAAGCCUUACCACCGCCUGGUCCCUGGCCUUCUUGAGCAGAUCCCCGUCCUGAUCUACGCUGGUGACGCUGACUUCAUCUGCAACUGGCUUGGUAACAAGGCCUGGACCGAGGCUCUCGAGUGGCCUGGCCAAAAGGAGUACUCCAGUCUCGCCCUAGAGGACCUCGUCAUCCACGACAACGAGCACAAGGGUAAGAAGAUUGGCCAGGUCAAGUCCCACGGCAACUUCACCUUCAUGCGCCUCUUCGGCGGUGGCCACAUGGUUCCCAUGGACCAGCCCGAGAGCAGCUUGGAGUUCUUCAACCGCUGGCUUGGUGGUGAGUGGUUCUAA